GGCACACUCACACAGUCAAGCAUUCAUUCAGCACUGCCUCCUUUAAGCAGAUUACUUUUGCGCUGCUGUUGCUGCUGCUGCUGCUGCUGCUGCUGCUGCUCCAUAUCCUAUUCCACUUUGCCUUGACCAUGCUAAGGAUGCUACCAGUCCUUCAGCUCCGGAUCCUGCUCCUCCUGCUCCUCUGGCUCUGGCAUUUCACUGCAGACCACAAAGUGCAAGCUGGCAACUGCUGGCUCCAGCAAGGGAAGAACGGGAGAUGCCAGGUUCUCUACAUGCCCGGCAUGAGCAGGGAAGAAUGCUGCAGGAGUGGAAGGCUCGGGACAUUUUGGACUGAGGAAGAUGUGCCCAACAGCACCCUGUUCAGGUGGACCAUCUUCAACGGGGGAGCUCCAAACUGCAUACCUUGUAAAGAGACAUGUGAUAACGUGGACUGUGGCCCCGGAAAGAAAUGCAAGAUGAACAGGAGGAGCAAGCCGCGUUGUGUCUGCGCCCCCGACUGCUCCAACAUCACCUGGAAGGGGCCCGUGUGUGGGUCAGAUGGAAAAACCUACAGGGACGAAUGUGCCCUGCUGAAGUCCAAGUGUAAAGGGCACCCUGAUCUAGAGGUGCAAUACCAUGGCAAAUGCAAAAAGACAUGCCGUGAUGUGCUUUGCCCGGGCAGCUCGACGUGCGUAGUGGACCAGACCAACAACGCCUACUGUGUGACGUGCAACCGCGUGUGCCCCGAGGUCACGUCACCAGACCAGUACCUCUGUGGCAAUGAUGGCAUCGUCUACGCCAGCGCCUGCCAUCUAAGAAGAGCCACAUGUUUAUUGGGCAGAUCCAUCGGAGUGGCCUAUGAGGGAAAAUGCAUCAAAGCCAAAUCAUGUGAUGAUAUCCAGUGCAGCGCAGGGAAGAAGUGUCUGUGGGACGCGCGGAUGGGCCGAGGCCGCUGUGCCCUGUGCGAAGAGACCUGUCCCGAGAGCCGCUCGGAGGAGGCAGUGUGUGCCAGCGACAACACCUCGUACCCCAGUGUGUGCGCCAUGAAGCAGGCCGCAUGCUCUUUGGGGGUUCUUCUGGAGGUUAAGCAUUCAGGAUCUUGCAACUGAAUCUGCGAAAUUAGACCUGAGCCAUUGAACUCUCCGAUCACCCUCUAUUGUCACAGUACUGACUUUCUUCAUUAUGUAAAGCUUGUUGCAUAAUUGGGGUGGGCUGGGUUGGUGAGGGGAGCGGGAGGGGCAGAGUGCAUUGCCGCUGCCAAAUCUGCCUAAAAGACAAAGCUAGAUUGUGGCAUUCACAGAAGGCUGAGGAAAAAAAAAAGACAAACAUUCACUUAGAUUCUGCGCUGUUGUGGUCUUUAUU